AUGGGAAAAGGAAAGCCAAGAGGUCUCAACGCCGCGCGCAAGCUCCGCAAUCACCGCCGUGAUAAUCGCUGGGCCGAUCUUUCCUUCAAGAAGAGACUUCUCGGAACCGCCUUCAAGUCGUCCCCCUUCGGAGGAUCCUCGCACGCCAAGGGAAUCGUCCUUGAGAAAGUCGGUGUUGAGGCCAAGCAGCCCAACUCCGCUAUCCGAAAGUGUGUCAGGGUUCAGCUCAUCAAGAACGGAAAGAAGGUCACUGCUUUCGUUCCCAAUGACGGUUGUCUGAACUUUGUCGACGAGAACGACGAGGUUCUCCUCGCCGGUUUCGGUCGUAAGGGAAAGGCGAAGGGAGAUAUUCCCGGAGUCCGUUUCAAGGUCGUCAAGGUUUCCGGUGUCGGACUUCACGCUCUGUGGUCCGAGAAGAAGGAGAAGCCUAGAUCGUAA